AUGGACUUUAAUAGAGUGGGAACACUUCCCUGUUGUUUAUUAUUGAUUUCAAAGCAUAAAACGCGAACUUUUAAUUCGUUAUCGGAUAUUGAUUUGAAGGUUAAUAUUAACAAUGAUAAAAAUAUUGAGGAUAUUUUAAACUUUCCGUUGGGUAUACCAUUCACACAAAAUAUUAUAAACACUGGAGAGAAGGAACAAGAAGUUGAUAGUUUAGUAUUACAACAGCAGCAAGAGCAAGAAAGUGAAGAUGAUGUAGUUCCCUUGACAUUGAAUGCAUUUAAGAGACAAAGAAAUGGUUUUGAAGCAUCUCGUAAUACGCCAUGGACGGACAAUUAUAUUGCUGAUGAAUUUGACAAUGCAACUCAUCUAUUAAACCGGGAAGUGGCAGAUUUUGUUAAUUAUAUUUCUCCGUUGCCGGAAGAACGUAAAAUGCGUCAGUCUAUAAUAUUACGGAUCAAUCGACUAUUGCGUGAUAGAUUCGAUUCAAAUUCGGUGGCAAGAGCUUACGGAAGCUAUAACACCGACCUUUAUCUACCAUCAAGUGAUAUUGAUAUAGUGUUAUUUUGUGAUGCUAAGAACAAAAAAAAGCUUGUUGAUCGAAUUGCCAGUAUUAUUCGUGGUGAUCCUAAUUUGGCAACAAAGUCUAGCGUCAUCAGAAUACCAUUUGCUCGAGUUCCAAUUGUAAAAUUUGUAGAAAAAUCUGCGGGAUAUCCGGUCGAUAUUUCGUUUAAUCAAGAGAGUAGUUUAACUUCUGCGGAUGUGACAAAAAAUCUCAUUCAACAGCAUCCUGGAUCAAAAGAAUUAUUGUUAGUGGUGAAAUAUUUUUUGGCGUCGCUUUCAUUGAACGAUCCUUCGCAGGGUGGGAUGGGCAGUUAUACGGCUUUGUUAUUAGUCAUUUCUUUAUUACAGAAACAUCCUUUAACAAGGAAACCUAAUUUCGUGGUGAAGGAAAAUCUUGGCACAAUGCUGAUUGAGUUCUUCAAGUUAUAUGGGAUAGAAUUCGACUAUAAAAAAUAUUCUAUAAAUGUCAGUAAAGGAUCUUAUGAGGAAAAACCAGCAAAUAAUAAAAGUAACAAUUCAAAAUUUCUCGUAAUCCCAGAUCCUUCUGAUCCAAGCCACCUAAAUGUCGCAACCGCCACUAAUCAAUGGAUAAAAAUACGCAAAGCAUUUGCUUCUGCUUACGAAACCCUACAGGAAACAAUCAACCACGUGGAUCAUCUCCUAUAUAAGAACAGCAAUAAUCCCGAGGUCGCGGUUGAUUCUGCAGAGAAGCCUUUGCUGCAAUAUAAUGUCAAAAAAGGAAUAACAUUACUGGGCACUAUUAUUUCUAUUGAUGAAAAAUACCAAGAUGCAAGAACCAAUGCAGUUCAGUCGUAUUUAUUUAAACAUGGUUGUGCACAUGAAUUUGAUAAAACGGAAAAGUGGUUCCGUCGUGCAUUUCCACCAAAUGGAAAAAGGAAACAAGCUGAAUCUGCUCGCAGAAUAAAAAUAAUUCGUAAUACUCACAUUGACAACAGAAAUGAUACUUCACAGUGGUACGAUAAAAAUAUAUUGAUGGAUUAUAAAGUAAAAAAAUAUGGUAUCGAACUACUGGAUGACAGAGACCAAUCUCGACUUUCACGAGGUCAAACAAAAAAUAAAAAGCUUAGUGAUGAGCUUAAAACGAAAUCUAAGAAAGCAGUAAUUAAGACAAUACCUAAGAAACAAAAAGAACCAAGAAAACCAAUUGAAAG